GUAGUAACUGUCAAAUUAGUGUCAUGUUGUCAUUGUCAUGUCUUGUCACGCGGUAGAAACCAUUUGUCAAAUCGUCAAAUGGUUUCUACCGCGCGGGGAAAAGAGAUAAACUAGUGAUAUUUUUAUUUAUAGUUUGAUUAUUUUUAAUAGAUAAUUGACUGCAUAAAUGACUAAAAGAAUCGUAAUCAAGUAGCUUCAAUUAUAUUUUUUACUUUAUUAUAAUGGAGGUGACCCGGCAAAAUUUUAAGGAAACUUUGCCACUGAUACAAGCGUCUAUAGAAAGAGCGGAUUUUCUAGUAAUAGACGCAGAAUUUACGGGUCUCAAUAAAGGCCGGGACGUGUCUCUAUUUGAUUCUCCAUCUGAGUACUAUACUACGAUUUUGAAUGGUUGUUCAGAGUUUUUGUUAACUCAAUAUGGAUUGUGUGCUUUCUUUUGGGAUGCAGAUAAGAAUGAAUAUAAAAAUGAAGCGUAUAAUUUUUACUUAUUUCCUCGUGGAAACUAUGCUCUUGAAAAGAUAUUUCUUUGUCAAAGUUCCAGUUUAGAUUUCCUUGCUGCUCAAGGUUUUGAUUUCAAUAAAUGGAUCAAGGAUGGUAUAUCAUAUGCAACAGAGCCCAUAGAGCAGCACAUGCGGGCAAGAAUCCUGGAAAAGCAGAGCAGUGACAGUGAACGCCAGCACAUCCCUGUACCUGAUGAGAAUAAGCAACAGAUUGAGGAUAUUUGCAAAAAAGUCAAAGAUUUCAUAGACAACAAUGAUCAGGAAGAGAUGACCAUAGACCGGUGUAAUCCGUUCAUAAGGAGGUUGCUAUUCCAAGAGCUCGGCUCCAAGUUCAAAGAUGAAGUUUUGGUGGAAGCCAAAGUUCUUGAUAAUAAGGAAAGAGUCUUAAUAGUAACUAGGAUCAAAUCAGCCAAUGACACAAAUAACAAGAAAAUGAUGAGAGUGAAGAAGGAAUGGGAUGAUUUUGAGGAAGCAAUCGGCUUCUCCAAAGUAGCUAGAAUGAUCAGUCAAUCUGGCAAACUAGUUGUUGGACAUAACAUGUUGCUAGACAUGUUGCAUACACUAAGCCAUUUCUUUCAAGAUUUGCCAUCUGAUUACGACACAUUCAAAGAGUUCGCACAUUGUAUGUUUCCUAGGAUAUUAGACACUAAAUAUAUGUCGAGUAUGCCACCAUUUAAGGAUAAAGUGAAUUCAAAUGUAUUGCAGCAUUUGUAUCUAUCAUUAUCAGAGGAACCUUUUUCAUUACCCAAAAUUGGUUCGGAGCCAGGCCGGGGCUACGCGGGCGCGGACGCCAAGCAGCACGAGGCUGGUUACGACGCAUUCGUGACUGGCGCGUGUUUGCUUGCGAUGCGCUCGCACCUGUCGGCCGGCUGCGGCGCUGUGCAAGCGGACGCGCACUUAAAGCCUUUUGUUAACAAGCUGUUCUUAGCUAAGACGGCGAGGCAAGAUUCGCCUUAUAUGAAUCUAGAGGGAGAUGAUCCCACACCGUCCCGAGAGCACGUGUUCUACAUGACGUUUCCGAAGGAAUGGCAGAGGAAUGAGAUAAAUCAGCUAUUCAGUCCGUUUGGUCAAAUAAUAGUACAAUUCCUGGACGACACUCACGCGUACGUGGCGCUGGCGAACAGGAAGCGGUGUCGGGACAUGAUGAAGGCUCUGUCAGGGCACGACAAGGUCAGCCUUGUGCCCUUCGCCGUACACAAGGGGCUGCAAGCCAAGAGUGACCACCAGUUGACGCCGAAGACAAUCCUAAUGCGCACAUCCAACACAAUUGCAAGACAAGAUUCGAGAGAGGACCACAGGAGAAGGAACGGCUCCGCUCAGUCGUCGCCCGCGCCUGUGCAGCGACCUGUCGAAAAAAUUACUAUAGAGUUGGACGAACCAGUUGAUCUGCCAGCUCCUUCGCCGAAGAAGAGUAGGACUCGCAGCACGUCCACUUCCAAGGAGACUGAAAAACAUAAGAUUACUGAAGCUGCCCAAGAGGUAUCAUCACAGCCAGCUACGAAGAAGAGUCGGUUACGUACAAACUCCGCUUCUUUUGAUAAAUGGAAGAUUGAAGAUAUCACUCCAGAAAACGUGGACAAAGGCGACAGGGCCAAGCGAGCAAAGCCGCAGUCGGAAGACGUGUUCGCGGGAGCUCCCCGCACCGUAUCUGUGUUCAAGGAGAGCGACAGUUGGCUUUAAGGAAUAAAUGUUGAUUACCACUUA